UUCCGGCACCCAGACGAGCCAUGCUCUCCCGAACGCUGCCGACUCGCGCUCUCGCCGCGCAACGCGCAGGAGUGCGCUCCUCGGGCCUCAACUCGGUCACGUCGACUGUCUCGACUCGGUCCUCGCAGCUCGCGACUCGUCGGUUCGCCACCGCACCGACCAAAAGCAACGUCUUCCCGGCGCCUGGCGGCUCCAGCUCCCUCCCGCCGCCGCCUCCUCCCAAAGCCCGCAAGUCGAUCACCCGCCGCAUUCUGUCGCCUCUCAUCCUCCUCACCGUCGCCUUCUACGGCGUGUCGGUCCCCCUCGGCUACUUCUCGCUCCGGUACCGCGACUUCCUCGUCGAGACCGUCCCCGGCGGCGAGCAGCUCGGCGACCUCCUCGACGAGCUCCAGGUCUCGCGCGCAAAGGGCGCGCCCAAUGCCUCGGCGCCGGGCUCCCCCAAGGGCCCGGGCAAGGAGACCGAGCUCACCCGUUGGGCCGAGUCGCGCGCCCGCGCCGAGGGCUGGAAGGUCAAGAAGCCCGAGCCGACCGACCCGGAGACGGCGCGCCUCGAGAUCAAGGAGCGCCUUGCCGCCGAGGCCAAGAAGGUUGAGGGCGCCGCCAAGGGCAAGGUGACCGACAUCGUCGAGGCGGCUAAGGCGCGCGCGAGCGAGGUCAAGCAGGUCGCCGUCAAGGCCGAGGGCGUCGUCGAGGACAAGGCCAAGCAGGCCAUCCACGCCGCAAAGGACGUCGCCCACGCCGCUCCCGCCGCCGUCUCGCACGCCGUCCACUCGGCGUCCGACGAUGCGUCGGCUGCCGCCCCGGCCUCGGCCCCGCGCGUCGUCGACGAGCCCGCGUCGACCCUGCCCGUCUACGCCCAGCGCCCGCGCGAGCUCGACGCGACGCCCAUCCCGCCCAAGCGCGCCUCGAACGAGGUCUACCAGGGCCCGCCGCUCCCGAUCGGCUUCGAGCCCGCGCCCGGGUACGAGCUCCCUCGUGCGGCGCCGGCGCCCAAGGGCGAGCUCAAGCCCGUGUCGCCCCCUCCGCCUCCCCUUCCCCUCGUCGCCCCGGCGCUCAAGGACGUCACCGUGUCCGAGCCCGUCCUCGGCCAGCUCGCGGCGACGAUCGACAGCCUCGCGCAGUACGUCGAGAAGCACGACGACGGCGUCGCGUCGGCGUCGGCGACGACGGUCCUGAGCGGCGCGCAGAAGGACAUCGAGAGCCUCGCGGCGCGCAUCGAGGGCAUCAAGAAGCAGGAGGAGGACAAGCUCCAGGCGCAGCUCAAGGAGCAAGCGUCCAAGUACUCGGGCAUGCUCGUCAAGGCCGAGAAGGACCUCGUCGAGCGCCUCGACACGCAGGAGGAGGAUUGGAAGCGCGCGUUCGACGACGAGCGCGAGCGCCUCGUCAAGGCGUACAAGGACAAGCUCGACACCGAGCUGGCGACCCAGCAGGAGCUCAUCAACCAGCGCCUCAAGGAGGAGGUCAUCCAGCAGGGCAUCGAGCUCCAGCGCCGGUGGGUCAGCGAGGUCAAGACGCGCGUCGAGCAGGAGCGCGGCGGCAGGCUCGCCAAGCUCGAGGAGCUCGAGUCGGGCGUCCGCAAGCUCGAGAAGGUUGCUCGCGAGAACGAGGAUGCUCUCGGCGAGGCUGUCCGUGCGCGCAAGAUCUUCACGGCCGUCAAGGCGCUCGAGCACAAGGUCGAGUCGGGCGCGCCGUUCGCCGCCGAGCUCGCGACGCUGCAGCGCCUCGCCGCCGUCCCGACCUCGUCGUCGUCGGACGACAAGCCGUCGCCGUCCGACUCGCUCCUGUCGCUCGCCCUGUCGACCAUCCCGGCCGAGGUCGCGUCGACCGGCGUCUCGUCGUUCCCGGCCCUCGCCGCCCGCUUCACGUCGUCGGUCGCGCCGCAGCUCAAGAAGGUGUCGCUCCUGCCCGAGCACGGCGGACCCGUCGCGUACAUGACGAGCGUCGUCGGCUCGUUGGCCCUGUUCGAGAAGGAGGGUUGGGCCGACGGCGAGGACGUCGUCAGCACCGUCGCGCGCGUCAAGUUCUGGCUCGCCAACAAGGACCUCGACUUGGCGGCGCGUGAGGCCAACUCGCUCUCUGGAUGGCCCAAGGCGCUCGCGUCCGACUGGCUCAAGCAGGCGAGGAGUCACCUCGCGGUCAAGCAGGCGCUCGAGGUCGCAGAGCGGGAGGCGACGGCAGAAAACCUCAAGGCGAUCUAGAGUCGCUGGAGGAGCUGUAGCUGCGAGGCGGCGAGGAGGCGAGGGGAGCGACUGCCAACAAGCUGUGUUUAGAUUUCC